AUGACUCCUCUCACCCUUUCCUCGCCGUCUCUAAAUCGCCUCGUUUUGUUCACCUCUCGUUACUCUCACUCUCCAUUUCUCCGCAAUUUCAAAUCGCUCCCUUUGUUCCACCGGUCAUUACCGUACAACCACCUUCUCGGCGUAAGGUGUCAUGCUAGUAGCAGCGGUUCUUCCUCCUUCACCGCAAAGCCUUCCAAAGAGAUUCGGAAGUCUCGAACCGAAGUAGUUCUCGACGAGAAGCUUAUCGCUCUCCGGAAACAGUUUUCCGAGCCGGGUGUUGGAAUCGAUGCUUAUAUCAUACCUUCACAAGAUGCCCAUCAGAGCGAAUUCAUCGCUGAUUGUUAUGCGAGAAGGGCUUUUAUAUCAGGAUUUACUGGAAGUGCUGGAACUGCUGUUGUCACCAAGGAUAAGGCAGCUCUGUGGACAGAUGGUCGCUAUUUUCUCCAGGCGGAGAAGCAAUUAAACGCUAGUUGGGUUCUCAUGCGUGCUGGUAAUCCAGGAGUCCCCACGGCAAGUGAAUGGGUAGCUGAUGUUUUGGCUCCUGGUGGAAGAGUUGGCAUUGACCCUUUCCUUUUUUCCGCCGAUGCUGCUGAGGAAUUGAAAGAAGCUAUAGCGAAGAAGAAUCAUGAGUUGGUUUACUUGUACAAUGCAAAUCUUGUGGAUGAAAUAUGGAAGGACUCAAGGCCAAAGCCUCCUAGCAAACAAAUAAGGGUACAUGACUUGAAGUAUGCUGGUGUAGAUGUGGCAUCAAAAUUGGCCGCUCUGAGAAACGAAAUUAUGGAUGCCGGCGCAUCUUCCAUUGUGAUAUCCAUGCUUGAUGAGAUUGCAUGGGUGCUUAAUUUGAGAGGGAGUGAUGUUCCACAUUCACCUGUUAUGUACGCAUAUUUGAUUGUAGAGGUGGACCAAGCCAAACUCUUUGUGGACAAUUCUAAAGUAACUGCGGAAGUGAAAGAUCAUUUGACAAAUGCUGGGAUCGAACUCAGACCUUAUGAUUCCAUUCUUUCAGAAAUAGAUAGUUUGGCAGCACGAGGAGCCCAGCUCUUGAUGGAUCCAUCAACCCUCAACGUAGCUAUCAUUAGCACCUACAAAUCUGCAUGUGAGAAAUAUUCAAGCAAGUCUGAAAACCCAGACAAAGCUAAGACAAAGUUAAGUAUUGGCUCUAGCGGUUACUCCGUAAAACCCUCUGGGAUUUACAGGCCGUCUCCUAUUUCAUGGGCGAAGGCCAUCAAAAACGAUGCGGAGUUACAUGGGAUGAAGAAUUCUCACUUGAGAGAUGCUGCUGCUCUUGCUCAUUUCUGGGCUUGGUUGGAAGAGGAAGUGCACAAGAAUGUGAACCUAACAGAGGUAGAUGUGGCUGACAGGCUCCUUGAAUUUCGUUCAAUGCAAGAUGGUUUUAUGGAUACAAGCUUUGAUACUAUAAGCGGUUCCGGUGCAAAUGGUGCUAUUAUACAUUAUAAACCAGAGCCAGAGAGCUGCAGUCGUGUAGACCCUCAAAAACUUUUCUUGCUCGAUAGUGGAGCUCAGUAUGUCGAUGGAACUACAGAUAUCACAAGAACAGUACAUUUUACUGAACCUUCUGCACGAGAGAAAGAAUGUUUCACCCGAGUUUUGCAGGGUCAUAUAGCUCUUGAUCAAGCUGUGUUCCCAGAAGGUACUCCUGGUUUUGUAUUGGAUGGGUUUGCACGCUCGUCUUUAUGGAAAAUUGGACUUGAUUACCGCCAUGGGACAGGACACGGUGUAGGUGCUGCACUCAAUGUGCAUGAAGGUCCUCAAAGUAUUAGCUUUCGGUAUGGAAACAUGAACCCUCUUCAGAAUGGCAUGAUAGUAAGCAAUGAACCGGGAUAUUAUGAAGACCAUGCAUUUGGGAUCAGAAUUGAGAAUCUUCUUCAUGUAAAAGAUGCUGAAACACCGAACCGCUUUGGUGGUGCUACAUACCUUGGAUUUGAGAAGCUUACAUUUUUCCCCAUUCAGACAAAAAUGGUUGAUAUUUCUUUACUCUCUCAUGCUGAGAUUGACUGGCUUAAUAAUUAUCACGCAGAAGUCUGGGAAAAGGUUUCACCUUUGCUAGAAGGUCCUACUCAGCAAUGGCUCUGGAACAACACUCGUCCGUUAGCCAAACCAUGAUAACCUACCAAGUGUUAUUCCCCACUUGCAAGCUUAGACUUUAUCCUUAAGGAAUUAGAAACAAAAAUCUGCUCUUUUUAUUUGAUCGUGUGUGUAAUUACAAAAUGUAAUAUUUUCCGAUAAUUAUACAAAAAAGUCCCCCCACUUUUACUAA